UGGUUAAUAGACCCGAAACCCACCCCGGAUCCUCCCUUUCAAUCCAAGUCUCUCUCUCAUAACCAAAUUGCCUUGGGCUUUGGAAGCUUAAAUCUCUCGCUGCUAAAUACUCACCCUCUCUCUCUCUCUCUCUCUCUCUCUCUGGGUGAGUGUUUGAUGAGGAAGCUGUGCCCCAACUACGAUCGGGAAUAUGCGCUGGAAACGGUUCUGGAAGUCCCAAUUCCGGAAGAGAUGUUCUCUUCCACCUGCAAUAAGAACGCCGCCUCCAGAUCCUGGCAAACCAUGAAAUCUUGGAUGAGAUCGAACGGCGAGAGGUCCCCGCCGUCCGUCGUCGGAGGCAGAACCGCCGAGAUCCAGCUUUUGCUCGGUGUCGUCGGAGCCCCUCUCAUCCCUUUACCCGUCCGCGCAAAUGAUUGCGAGCACCCCAUCAAUCAAAACAUCAAAGAUCGCCCCAUUGAGGCAUCAAUGGCGAAGUAUAUUGUGCAGCAGUAUGUGGCGGCGACGGGUGGGGAGAACGCGUUGGAGAGCAUAGACAGCAUGUACGCAAUGGGGAAGGUGAGGAUGAUGGCUUCGGAGUUCAGUACGGGCGGAGGGGAAGGGAAUGGUUGUGGGAGGAGUAAGGCGGCUAAGACGGUGAAGUGUGGUGGCGGCGGCGGCGGUGGAGGAGAGAUUGGAGGGUUCGUGCUGUGGCAGAAGAGGCCGGACCUCUGGUGCUUGGAGCUGGUAGUUUCCGGCUGCAAGAUUAGCGCCGGCAGCAAUGGCCGGGUGGCGUGGCGGCAGACCCCUUGGCACCAUUCCCAUGCUUCUCGAGGUCCCCCCCGACCCCUUCGCCGUUCCUUGCAGGGUCUUGAUCCAAGAUCUACAGCCAAGUUAUUUUCUAAUUCUGUCUGCAUCGGCGAGAAGACGAUCAACAAUGAGGAUUGUUUCAUACUAAAGCUUGAUGCAGAGCCUUCGACACUUAGAGCAAGAAGCAGCAGCAACGUAGAAAUAAUAAGGCACACAAUUUGGGGUUACUUCAGCCAAAGAACUGGUCUCUUAUUCCAACUAGAAGACUCCCAUCUCCUUAGGAUCAAUUCCUCUACAAAUGACAGCAUUUUCUGGGAGACAACCAUGGAGUCCUUGAUCCAAGACUACAGAACCAUCGACGGAGUUAACAUUGCACAUGCGGGUAGAACCACCGUUUCGUUGUUCAGGUUUGGCGAGAGCUCAGAGAAGCAUUCGAGGACGAGAAUGGAGGAGGUUUGGACAAUUGAGGAGAUAGAUUUCAACAUAAAGGGACUGUCCAUGGAGUGCUUUUUGCCUCCUGCAGAUUUGAAGAAAGAGGAAGAAGGGGGUGUUGUGAUGAGUAGUAGUAGUAGUAGUAGCACUCGGUUACCAAUCCAAAUUCGAGUCCCUACAUCUAAGUUUAGUGCUUCGAAAGUUGCAGCCAUUGAUGUUGAUUCAGAUCAUAGUAUUGAAGAUGAUAAUGGAGGGUUGUAAAUUUGUUCGAUCACUUUGUAAAUAUACGAGCCAAAAUAUACAACGCUCAAUUUAGUUACAAGAAAUUUGGGAAGAGUUUGGUUGUUUAGGAUAUAAGAACUCCACGAAAUAUUUGGGACUGUAAUUUAAUCAUGUUUAUAGGGAUCCAAAUAGGAUUCUUCAUGCUUUAGCUCAAAGAGUCGCACUGAUAAAUUGUAUUAUUAACAGAAAUUUAGACUGCCAGCCAAUG